UUCUUUUUUCCUUCUUCUUCCACAGAACCUCAUCUUGUCUUGUUUGUUUUCGUUGUUCACUUACAUUUUCUUUUUAAUUAUCAUCGUCAUUCGUAAGGGCAUAACGUUCUCCAUCUCACUUCCAACAUGGGCUCUUUACACUUUCCAACUGAGCAGCGUAAAACCAUCGAUAUCGGUGACGGACUCAUACUUCGUUGGUCCACCAAGGAUGAUACUGAAAAUGUCGGAAAACUCCUUGGUGAAUGCUUCAGGUGGCUUCCUGUUGGAGAUCCCCAUCCUACUGAUAGAAUCCCCGGUCCCAAUCAGUUUGUGAUUGCAGCCGCAAGACGAUUAUUGAGUGGAAAAUCAGCUGUUAUGAGUGAACAUGACUACGCACUUGUCGAGGAUACUAAGCGUUCGAAUGGCAAGAACCCGAUUGUAGCAUGUGUAUCUUUGCAUCGAGUGAGAGCAUUCUAUGGAUCUGUGGAUUUGUCUUUUGGCAAACCAGAAUUGAUUGCGACCGACCCUGAAUAUCGCAAUAAGGGACUUAUCCGAAAGCUCCUUUUUGAGCUGGUCCACCCUGAAUCAGACGCUCGAGGCGAUGUUCUCCAGUUGAUUCCUGGUAUUGCACAUUUUUAUCGUCAAUUUGGAUAUGAGUAUGGCCUACUUGUUAGGCCAAAUGCUAAAAUCGAGAGCACCAGUGUUGUUCCCACGCUUGCCAAAGGCAAGUCAGAACCCUACAUCCUCCGCGUUGCUAACAAGGACGAUCUUCCAUUUUUAAACCGUCUCAGUACACCUGCCAACAUGCAUUUGAACGCAACGGUCGGUACUCAUUACAGUCCCGAAUACUGGCGGUACACUAUACAUGAUGUAUUUGAGAUCAAACAGAACCGAUUCGAUGGAGAUCGUGACACUCGGAUCAUCAUUGACGCGGCAUCUAAAAAGCCUGUUGGAUUCACAGUGCUAUCCAAUGGAUUCUUCGGGGCCCAGUUGGAGGCUAUGGCCUUAGAUGAACAAGAAGUUUCCUAUGUUCAGACUUGGCAUUCAGUUCUUAGGCAGCUCUUUGAUAUCACCAAGGAACGUCAGGCCCUGAUUAUUAAAGAACGUGAGGCCGCGUUGGCAAGUGACAAGGAGCCAUCGGACGAAGGAAUUAAAGAAGCUGAACCGGAAUCCACUGCUUCCCCAAGUGGUCCCAUCGUAUCGAUUGUAGCCGCAACCAGCGGGAAUACAUCGGUUCCUACCGAAAAAGACGAGAAAAAAGAAGCGCCGUUCCAGCUUGCAUAUAGCUUGCACAAGCGACAUCCUCUGAGCCUCCUUCUUGGCCAGAGCCUUAAGCGUAAGCCUAGCUAUGAGCAAGGUUUCAGAGUAUAUACUCGUAUUCUCAGUUAUUCAGCCUUCAUUAAGAAGGUUGCUCCAGAAUUGGAGAAACGUCUUGCCAACUCUGCACUGGCUGGUGUGAAUGGUCGGCUGCAACUUGAUUUUUACCGCAAAGUUGAAGGAUCUAGUGGAAAGGGACUGGAAGUUAUCUUCAAGGAUGGCAAAAUUGAGGAUGCAAAGGACUGGGCCAAACCAUCGCCUGAAAAGUUGUUUGAGGAGAGACUGGCUUGGGAAAAGGAAGGAGAGGCGCCGUUAAUUUUCAGUGCAGGUUUCAUGCCGCUUACAUUCACACCCUUAGUCACAGGCUUGCGUUCAUUGACAGAGUUGAAUGAGGCAUAUGGUGAUGUCCUUAUCAGGGAUGAAUCGACUCGUCUUUUGUUGAACAUUUUGUUCCCCAAAGGCGACCAUCACAUUGAUGUGUUCUAUUGGUGA